AUGCGCGCCUGGCCAAGUUUCUUUUUAGCUACCAUGUUCCUUGCUGGAGUCGUCCACGGAAAGGACAAGCAAGCUUCCUUGUAUAGAUUAGCAAAUGCAAGAGCCAAGCAAGAAGAGGAAUUAGUUGAAUCUUAUGUGAAGCAAUUGAUUGAAGAAGAUGAAAAGAAGGCUGCUGCUGAAAGGGGAGAAGAUGUGUCAUUAUACAAUGUUCCACCAGGAUUGCGUCAAAUUGCCAAGACAAUCAAGCAACAAAGAUCCAAGAAUGCUCCAGCUCAACAUUAA